AGGCAGUCAGUCAGUACUGAAUUCCCAGUGUACACAAAUAAAAUUAUUGGAAGAUGCCACCCAAAAAGUCGGGCCAGAUGCGGCUACCACUCUUGCCUCUGUCGUUACUGGUGUUCCUGUCGCUGCCAGUGGCCUUAUGUGCCAAUGUCCCACCGCUCUCGAUGCAGGGGAGGGAGCAGACAGCGCAAAAGCCGAUGGGAGAACCAGCCGAUGAGGAGCUGACGGUCAGGUAUUGGCUGAGGCAGGGGCGCGCUCAAGUGGCGGCUCGACUGGAGCGCACCCAGGACACGGUCACGAAUGGGCGUAGGGCCAAGAACAUCAUCAUGAUGCUGGGCGAUGGCAUGUCCAUCACCACGCUGACGGCGGCGCGCAUACUGAAGGGCCAGCGCCAGGGGCACAGCGGCGAGGAGAGCCAACUGGCUGUCGAGAACUUCCCCUACUCCGGCCUCUGCAAGACCUACUGCACCAAUGAGCAGGCCCCUGACUCGGCCUGCACGGCAACCGCCUACUUGUGCGGGGUGAAGACCAGCAAAGGCACCGUUGGCCAAAGCGCCUCCGGCGAGACAGUCGAGUCACUCAGCAUGUGGGCGCAUCGCGCGGGCAAGGCCACAGGGCUGGUGACGACGACACGCGUGACUGAUGCCAGUCCGGCGGCGGCCUAUGCCCACGUGGCCAAGCGCAGGGAAGAGCUGGAGGUCGCCCGCCAGCUGGUGGAGGAGCAGCCGGGCCGCCACUUCAAGGUGAUCCUAGGCGGUGGACUGGGCAAGUUCAAUUUCGAGCGAAGCGACGGCCGGGAUCUGGUGCAGCAAUGGAAGUCGGCCAAUCCGGAAGGCUGCUACGCCCGCUCCAUCAGCGAGCUGCGCGACUGCGUCAGCUGCAAUGGCAGCAUACUGGGACUGUUCAGCGACAGUCACAUGGGCUUUCACCUGGCCCACCAGGCACACAAGGAGCAGCCAAGCCUCAGCGAGAUGACGGCCGUGGCCAUUGAGCGCCUGUCGGAACAUCCCGACGGUUACUUUUUGUUCAUCGAGGGCGGCCGGAUCGACCACGGGCAUCAUGAGACACGCGCCGGGUAUGCCCUGGACGAGACGCUCGAGUUUGAUGCCGCCAUUGAGAUGGCCCUCCGCCUGACCGAUCCCAAAGAGACGCUCAUCGUCGUGACUUCCGACCAUUCGCACACCCUAACCAUGUCUGGGUACGCGAAGCGCGGCACUCCCAUCUUGGGAUUGGACCAGCUCCAAAAAGACUUGAAUGGUGUCCAGUACAGCACCCUUAACUACGCCAUCGGCAAGUGGCAGAGCCACGGCAAAGACGGCAGACGCGAAAAUCCCGGGAAGACCCUCACUCAAACUUCCUUGACGCCCAGUUACAUUCCCGGCUUUAAGGGCGUUCACUCGGGCGAGGACGUGGCGGUCUUUGCCAUUGGCCCACAGUCGCAUCUUUUCGGCGGGAUCAUGGAACAGAAUCUGCUGCCCCACCUCAUGGGCUAUGCGGCGGAUCUGGAUUCACUGCGAAACGUCGACACAUCUAUCUAAGUUCUUUUUCCUUUUCGUUUUGGCGU